ACGCGUCUAGCUACGCUACAGGACUCACUGGAGAAAGCCUUGAUGGGUUCUAGAUGGGACGCUAGUGGAAGCCUCACUAUACAGAAUGUGGGUAAACUAUUGGCGUUCGGUGCCAUGCAGAGUCAUGCCCCCGAGGCCAUACUGAAAGACAUUGAGGCUAGGAAUUUUGGUCCUACCCACACACUUUGGGACUUAAUGGACGUCAUGGUAGAGUCCACAGACAGGCUAAAGUCCCGGGAUUCUGCCCAGCUUUCUGCCGUUUUUCGUGCAAACAGUUCCCAUACCACUGUGAACGUUGUCACGCGUUCUACCCCUAGACAUGUUCAGACUCGUGCUAGGUCUCCUCCGCCUUCGUAUGGCCCCAGGUCAUACUCUAGAACAGGCUCCCCUCAAUACCUUCAGCGACCUCGAACGCCAGAAUGUUUUAACUGUGGCAAACCAGGACACCGUAAGGCAGAGUGUACAUCAACUAACACUCGUUACCAACAGCAUGCUAGACAUAACUACACAGGCCGAUCACAUGAUCACACCCGUUCUUAUUGCACAUAUCACCGCCGACCUGGACAUGACACUGCUGACUGUAGAGCCCACCACGGUACUAACCAGGCUAACCGUUCUAGUCCUACUCCUCCUUCCCGUAGGCAACCGCAGGCUGCAACAACUAACCAGCGCCGACCGAGCCCUACACGUAGCCCUGCGACCCGACCGACUGCCCAUGUUAGGUUCGCAACAACUGACAGCCGUGACACAGAUGGACACCGUGACUCGCGCGUGAUAAACGGCGCCACGGCCGUCAAGGAUAAUGCAGACACGACCUACGAACACACAGGUCAGCCCUUUGACUCUCAGUCGGGGGAAGGUAUAGCAGCCUGGGUAAACGGUAUGACGUAGGGAAGCGAGACGACCUCCCUGUAUACUCAGUGCCUACCUGUAACAGGUACAGUGCCUUAGCAGAGGAGGAUAACAUGGACGAACUACACACUGACGGUACUCAUGUACAUGUA